AUGGACUUAGGAAUUAUUCGAGAUCUUGGUCGAUGGACCGACUAUGUCUUUAAAACAAUUGGACUCAAACCAAUUGCUCCUCCGCCACCACCUCCUCCUCCUCUAUCACCACCAACGAAUACUCUAAUGUAUGGUUCGAUUGUAUCAUCAGGAGCAAAAAAUUUUGUUCGUUGUGCUGGUUUGUCGGGUACAUUGGCAAUUUGUUUAGGUGUUUAUGGAGCUCAUGCAAUGAAAGAUAAUACACCAGAAGAACUUCGACGUUUAUUUCAAAUGGCACAAACAUAUCAUUUACUUCAUUCAGUUGCUUUACUUGGUUUACCAUUAGUUUCUCGACCACUUAUUACUGGUUCAUUAUUUAUUGGUGGUAUUACUUUAUUUUGUGGUCCAAUGUAUUUUCAUUCUAUUCGCAAUGAUGCACGAUAUCGUCGUGUAACACCAUAUGGUGGUCUUCUUCUUCUUGCUGGAUGGAUCUCGAUUGUUCUACUCUAA